CUCGGCUCGCUCCGCAGCGGCUCCCGGGGAGAAGCAGAGCCCGCAGCCCGCUGGCCAUGGGGAGGAGCGCACGGCAGCUCAUCUCGCUGACCCUCGCCUGUGCAUUUUCCUCCUGCUUUGCUGAAGUGGCCCUGGGGGUCGAACUGUCUCCAGAAACCACAUCCUUCCACCAAAUGGCUACUUCUGCUCAGCCACUUUCCCUUUAUCAUUCUUCACCCCAUCAAAGCACUGCAGUUCAUUUUACCAGCACAGGCUCUCUUCAAACAACACCCAUGGGCCACAGAACAGCUGAGCAGACAACGGAGCAGCUCAAGACAACAUCAGCCGCAGGCCAGCACACGGCAGCCCAGGCAGGAGCAGGCACUGUACCCACAGCCCCUGCAGACAGCCCCAGCCCCGGCCGGGCCACCACCCCGGCGAUGCCCUCGCUUACAGCGGUGGUCAAGAACACAACCACUGCCCCUGUGUCCUCCACCAGGCAUGGCAAGGGACCACGUGUGACCACAGGAACUGUGGCAGUGGCCACCAACACCUCCCUGAAGCACGAGACAGCGAGUACCCCGGGGGCAGCUGCCACCUCCGCCUCGGCAGCCCCCAGCACGCCGAGGGCCGGGCCCAGCACGCGGUCACGGAGACAAACAGCAGCCACUGGUGCUCCAACAGCCACGGCCGUGACCAACACAACAGGCACCCAUGCAGGGACACAAACAGCCCCCACAUCCCCUGCCAGCACAGUGAGACCCCGUCCCACCCCACAGCCCUCUGCCAUCCCCACAGGCACCUACACCGUUUCUGAUGGCAACAGGACCUGCGUCAAAGCCGUCAUGGGUCUGCAGCUGAUGGCCCGAAAUACCCAACAGGAGCAGAUGGAAUAUGUGACUGUUAACCCAAAUGCGACAAAGAUAUCUGGAAGCUGUGGGAUGGUGCAGUCUGAGCUGAACUUAACUUUUAGUGGAGGAUUUGUAAACAUCAACUUUGUAAAGCAAGCUCCAAGUUACUCUGUGACUAAAAUUGAGAGCAGAAUACUGUUAUCUUCUGAAGGUAUGCUUUACUAUGCAGCCCUAAAUGAGAAGCUGUUCACAACAAAGCUGGGGAAUUCCUUUAAGUGUGCCAGCAGGCAAACCUUCCCCUUGGAGAAGAACUUCCAGAUCCUCUUUGUUCAUAUGCAGCUGCAGGCGUUUGACAUUGUGGGUAACCAGUUUGGAAAAGAAGAAGAAUGUUUUCUUGAUAGAAACGGCAGAGUAGCUCCCAUUGCAGUGUGCCUGUGUAUCCUGGGAUUGUUUGUCAUUGUGUUUGCCACCUUCCUGAUCUCCAGGAGGAAGCCACAGAGAGGAUAUGAACGCAUCUGAGGUGCCCCUAUGCUUCCAAGUGUGUGCAGCAAGCAGAGAAGUCACAGGAGUUUUUGCUUCUGCCUGGCAAUCUCUCUGCCCUGAAGCCACAUUUUUAAGUGAGAUGACACUGUGUGUUUACAGCUAAUGAAUGUUUCUGGAAGGAGUUCUUUUAAGGUGGGAAGGAGAGAACUCACACCUUCUGCUUUAAGCUAUUCUUAGCAUCUAAUUUAGAUGUAGUCCAGAAUGAGGAGCCUAAAUUCUCUCUGUUGUCAACAAAGGAGGUCAUUCAGAUCACUUAAGCCAGAUUCCUAAAAAUAGCUUAAAGCAAGCAGUAUCACUAUCUCCCAGAAAAUGCAUCAGGUUUGUUAAUGAUGGUGUUCAGAUUUAUCAAAAGACAUAAGUCUGACCUUCAGGUGAAAAAACCUCAGGCCCACAGCUACAGACAACCCUGCUAAGUGAGAGCUCACUGAAAGCUUUU